CACCUAACAAUUCAGAUCAGGUCUCCAUGUUUCUUUCCUUUCUGUAAUCAGUCAUUUGCUUUUACCUUACAUGCACUAUGCAUGAAUGUCAAAAUAGUAUGGCCCUGUGUUUCAUUUAAUUCAUGCAUGAUUUUCGUCUCUUCAUUCUGUGAUGUGAGUUUUGCUCUAUAAAAAACCAGAACCCUGCUAUGAUACAGGUUCUACCGUUUGUCCAGAGACAACAACUGAGCCUGGAAGGAAGAGGUGUGUUUUAGCCAUUUUCAAAAGGCCCGUCUUGGCGGCAGAAUGAGGUUAGACAGGUUGCACCGGCGGUGUGAUAGACUGUAACAGAUCUGUCAGAUUUGAUUGAUGCGUUUCUCCGCGGAUGACCAGUCAAGCCGCGCAAGAUUCCACCCCUCCUCCGCCCCUCACUUUCUCCGGCAGCAAAAUGCAAACCACUGUACAUAAAAGGAUGUGUUUGCAUUUGCAUCUCGUUGGGCUUGAGGAAGCGAGAGCGCGUGGGUGCUUCUGCUCUUUAGCCUGGGGGGGAAUUGGACAAGCAGAUAAAAGGAACUGCGAACACUGGCGACUCUUCUCUUCUGAAUCAUCCCAGGACCCAACUGUUGCUACACAGACCGGCUUCUUCCCUGACUGUCCUGGAGCUAGCCAGUUGCUGCUGCCGCUGCCGCUGCUGGAGUCAACAUACUUUCCCUCACUCUCCAGGAACUGUUGCUUCGGAUUGGAACGUAUCCAGUUAUCCAUUGUCACUCUAGAAACUACCCACGUUACGGAGACGACCGAAACAAAGACAUUGUCCGUCACUCCAAGGACGAGGCCGCCGCCGUGGAGACAGGCGUAAUUUACUGUCACCUCAGCUGCUAACUGAACACAGGGUGACACGCUGGGCAUGGGGCAUCAGCUGGCCUUCACGGAGCAGAACGCCGAGCGCAUCCUGGCGGUGCAGGGGCUCUUCGGCACUUCGGGCAAGCCCUUGGCCAAGCCGGGCCGCGUCCUGGUCGGGGAGGGGCACCUCCUCAAGCUGUGCCGGCGGAGCCCGCAGCCCAGGGCCUUCUUCCUCUUCAACGACAUCCUGGUGUACGGCAGCGUCGUCAUCCUCGGCCGCUGGUACGCCAACCAGCAGGUGGUGGCGCUGGAGGACGUGUCGCUGGAGGACGCGGAGGACGGGCUGGACAUGAAGCACCAGUGGCUGGUCCGCACGCCGCGCAAGUCCUUCUAUGUGUCGGCGGCGUCGGCCGAGGAGAAGCGGGCGUGGAUGGAGCACAUCGGCGAGUGCCGGGCCGAGCGGCUGCGGCGCACGGGCAAGCCGGCGGGCACGCGCUUCGCCGCCGUCUGGGUGCCCGACCGCGCCUCGGCCGUCUGCAUGCGCUGCUGCAGCCGCUUCGGCCUGGCGCAGCGGCGCCACCACUGCCGGCGCUGCGGCUUCGUGGUGUGCGCCUCCUGCUCCCGGGCGCGCCGCGUCAUCCCCGAAAUCUCGCCCAAGCCCGUGCGCGUCUGCCGGCUCUGCCACCAGGGGAGCCCGCCGCCCGACCCACCGGAGCAGGGCGCCACCCUGGCCGGCCGCGGCCGCGGCGGCAGCGACGGGAAAAACUCGUCCGAGGAGGACGAGUCGCCGUACGAGCCGUCCAGCGGGGAGGACGAUUGCGAGGAAGGGUACGCGGAGCUCGCUCCCGCUCAGUGGGAAUCGCAGAACCACGUCAGGAACAGCUCCUGGUCACCGUACGUCGACUUGAGCAAUCAUCUCCAGAUUUCUGACAUGGGCAACUAUUAACGCAAACAAUGCAGAGCUACAGCCUUCACGGAACUGAAGUGUAAACAUGUACACCUCCACAACAGCAGUGAAUGCUUUCUUUGUGUGUAAAAAAAUGUGUAUAGCCUAAAGCAAUGUAUGUAUUUAGCUGCAAUAUUUCUGCUUCAUCAAAGCGUCCAUAUGUUCAUCUGUUGUGUAAUGGUUGAUAUUGUGACCAGACGCACAAGAAAAAAACAUGCAUGAUUUAUAUGACUGAAAAUGACUCUCGUGUUGGACACACAAACCACAUCUUUCAUUUUCUAAGAUUCAUGACUUUAUUGCUUUAUCAUUUUAUGAAAAAGGUAGAAUAUCAGGUGUCCCAUUUCCUUGCCCUUCUGUUUGUGAACUGAAAUGAACAACCUGAACUCUAUCAUUUAAAGUGAGCAACUGAAAAAAUAACCUGAAAUUAAACUGUAUGUCACUGUCAAAAUAAAUAUGAUCCUUAGUCCCAGACGAGCAAGGUCUCCAUCUGUGGAUUUAUAGAUUGCUGAUGAAAAACUUGCCCUGAGGAAGAGACUUUGUGUUCUCUGCCCAAGGGAUGCCCAUGCCCAUGUCUUUAAGCUCAAAGAUGUCUAUUCAUGUGCAAACUGCUCUUCUUUAUUAUGAUGAUUAUUAUUUGUAGCAGUAGUACUAAUAGUAGUAGUAGUAUUAGUAUUGGAUAUUUAAAAAUAAAAUACAUGAACUUUUAACAGCUUAUGGAAAAUUGAUAGUACUGUAUCAAGAUUUGGUGGGUUUUUACUAUUAUAUUCACUUGCUAUAUGCAUCAGUUAUUAUGGCAUAAAUCUGGGCUCACAGUGGUGCUGUAACAGUUUAUGGAAUAGUAUUCUUCAUAUACUGUCAAUGUCCAUUAAGUAGCACUUAUAGGAAACAUAAAAGCUAGCUUAUAAGCUAACUAUAAGUAUAGCACACGGCAAGUAACUACAGAACUAACUAUAAGUAAAAAGUACUAAUCGUUAACUUCUAAGUAUUUUUGAAUGGUAAGGCCUGCAAUCUUGCAUAUGGUGGGACUUAUUUGCUAAAAAUAGUGCAGCGUGCUCCAAACAAGUGAGCAGUCCUGUAGAACGGCAUUCCGUGCUUCAGGGCUUUUUAACAUAGCUGUAGGCUCUGUGUCAACACUAUAGAACACUGUUGCCUCUAACUCUGUUGCUAGUGAAAAAAAAAAAGCAAUGGCAACAAUACACAUACCAUUGCGUAAAUUCUGUGAACAAAGUCGUCUUUUGUCUUCGAGAAAAUCAGCAACAUGACCAGCUCUCUGGCCAGGGGGAAAUGGGAAGUGGGAUGUGGGGAGGAACAUGCAAUUUAGACUAAUGUCUAAACAAAGAACCAGAAAAUGCACUUUCCUUGUCUUUCCUUAAGCCAAAAGGUGCCAUAAAUGUCCCUCACACAAACCCCCAGAGACAAGACUUAAUACAAUUAAAAAUAAAAGAUAUUCAUUUUUAUUUUUAUUUUUCUUUUAUGACAUAGGUUAUGAUAUAAUGUUUUUGUGGCUAAGUGACUCAUAUUUGUCAGGGAUAUGUGUACGGAACCGUUUUGUGAAGCAGUAUAAACCUUUGCUUGUGGAAACGGGCCUGGCUCAGAAGGGAGUAAUGAUCGAGGGAUUCUUUUUUUUUUAAUUUGUAGAAAAUAUACCUGUUCUAAAAACUGCGCUCCGAAAAGUUAGGGGAUUUUUCUAUUGUGCAACCUGGGUCAAACCAUACAAGAGGCUGUGGUUCUUUUUUUAAACUCUUCAUUCUUCUUAAUUUCUCAAAUAAAGUGAAACUCAAACAGAA